CGCGCCCACUUAUGACGACAUUUAAUCUAGCCGGGCUCUUCCGGACAUGUUUGCUGUCAAAUCCAAAACGUAAAUAAAGAGUAGUAGUUUUAUUAGCAGCCUGUAAUGUGCUGAUGUGGUGCUUCACUGUGAAAUCCCUAAAACAUAUAUAACAUUUCCUGAGUUUUGUUGUCAGCCAAACCUUGCAAGCUAACGCGCGAUGCUAACUUGUUAGCUCACUAACAACUUGUGAGCAGCCUGAAGUUGUGAAGAAGUCCUGAUGACCAGACGAAGGUGAGGAGAUGGGCUCUGUUCGCUGGGCUUUCCGCUGCGGGUCGUGGACACCGAGCAGGUCUGACUGGCUGUUAGCUGCUCGCUGCAUUCAGCGGGAGGAGAAAAACCGGAUCGGACAGUUUGCGUUUGCUAAGGAUGCAAAGUCAGCCAUGGCUGGCAGGUUGUUGCUGAGGAGAUUUGUGUGUGAGAGGAUGGGGAUCCCCUGGUCACAGAUCAGACUGGAGCGAUCCCCCAGAGGGAAACCUUAUCUGAAGGUCACUUCAGAUUCAGGUCCUGAACUCCCGGCCUGGAGUUUCAACCUGUCCCACCAGGGGGACUACGCUGUGCUUGCUGCAGAGCAGGGGGUACAGGUUGGGGUGGAUAUCAUGAAGACCACCAUGCCAGGUAGCAUCUCUGUGCCGGAGUUUUUCCGCAUCAUGACUCGUCAGUUUACCGCGUACGAGUGGAGCGUCAUCCAAUCAGCCGGCUUGGAGAACCAGCAGCUUGCCGCGUUCUACCGCCACUGGGCCUUAAAGGAGAGCUUCAUCAAAGCCAUCGGCACGGGUCUGGGCUUCAACCUUCAGAGGGUGGAGUUUCACCUGUCCUCUGAACCGCUCACACAGAAAUAUGUACUGCGCCAGACCAAGAUGCAUCUAGAUGAGGAAGAAGAAGAGGACUGGAUAUUUGAAGAGAGCUUGCUGGAUGCUGACCAUCAUAUUGCUGUAGCACUCGGUCCAACAGACAGAGCAGGCACCGCACCUCUUCGUUCAUCUCUUCCUCCUCCCACCUCAUUUACGCUGCUUUCGUUCAGUGACCUCAUCGCCUCGGCCUCACCUCUGACGGAGGAAGACCCUGCCUGCUGGGAGAGCUUCAACUUGAAGGCUGAAGCUCCACAGAGACAAAGAGAAACGCACACAUCCAAAUAACCACCUGUCUCAUUCUGACACUCACCACACACACACACACACCUUUCAUAAGUGCCAAAAAAGAACACUGAGACUGAAGCUGCUUUCUCAUUCAACACGUCCAGUCAAGUUUAUUUAUAAAGUAGUCUCUAGUAUUAGUCUCGGAGGACUUCAGAAUCCAUACAGCAUCUGACACCUUCUAUCUUUAGAGCCUCAGUUCAGAUGAAAACAAAAUCCACAAAAAAACUUUUACAUGCCUGAUACGCUCACGCAAACAUACUGUGCAGUAAACACAAACAUUUAAUGUUGAUGAGUAGAUUGAUAUCCUGUAAAUUGUACUAACUUCCUGUGUAAUUUUAGGAUACUCAUUGUCCAAGAUUCUGCAUUGAGCUCCUCCUUAUUGAUCUUUGUAAACCCUCAAACAACAAAUUGAUUGAAAUAAAUCUGUUAUACAAGGU